GAAGUGCGAUUAGUGCGGCGGUGAUGACGCAGCGCUUAUUGAGGACUGCUUCACGCGCCUCGAUCGGUUGUGCUCGAGUGAAAAUGGCCUCGUCCUUCUGGAAAGGUGUUGUCGGUGUAGGCCUUUUCGCCCUGGCACACGCAGCUUUUUCAGCGGCACAGCACCGAUCCUACCUGCGACUGACAGAAAAAGAGAAUGAAACAUUACCUAUAGAUAUUGUGUUGCAGACCUUGUUAGCGUUCGUGAUCACUUGUUACGGCAUAGUUCACAUCUCAGGCGAAUUCAAAGACAUGGAUGCUUCUUCAGAGCUCAAAAACAAGACAUUUGACACAUUGAGAAAUCACCCGUCGUUCUACCUGUUCAAUCACCGAGGCCGAGUGCUCUUCCGCCCUCCAGAGCAAGAGGCCUCCACUCCCAGCGCCCAGGCCUUGCCCUCCAAUCCCCUGCGGUUACGCAAGCUGGAAAAUUAUCAUUGAGACUGGCCUUCAGUGGGCUGCCUUGCCCGGUUUCGUUUUUUUUUAUUUUUCUUAAAUUAAUUUGUUUGCUCCUCAGUUUGUAAGGGAAAAUAAGCAUAUUUUCCUGUCUAUGUAUAUGUGAAUAUGCUGUACAAACAUGCAUCUAUUGUGGUUACUAUUUUGUCAAUGGACUGUGCCAACUUCUUUUCCAGCCGAUAUGUUUGUAAAUACUUGUUUUUGCCUGGGAGUCUUAAGUCUGUAGGUUACGGCUGUAGCCCUCCGCUUGGCUGUCACAGACAGGGCACAAAUCCUGCCCAUUUACAUUGUCGGUUUGCCAUGUUUUUGGCUGAACUGACCCUAACUGCAACCGGUUCUUCCCUGUCCCCAUCUGAAUUGAGGUCAAUAUUGUGGACCAUAAAUUGAAUUAGUGUUAGGAAGCGGAAGAUUUGGUUUACUGAACUUCAAAUUAAAAUGUAUAAUACUGAAAUUGAUUAAAACUAUUAAAACAUGUCUGAGCAAGGCCACAAUAGAUUGUAGAUUAAUAGCAAUUCUAACAAUACUGUGAACACCCAGUGGGAAUGAAUGGUACAUUUUUGUUUUCUUGAGGGGGGAGGGGGGUAAUAUUUUCAGUUUUAUUUCAUGUUGAGUCACAACUCCUUAAUUUCACCUUAAUAAAAGCUGAAAUGUUCUUGAUAAA